UGUGCUUGAGUGCCUUAGCACUUAGUUUCUCGAAGCUAUAGCCAUUUCCUCCUUUCUUUGCUGGACCUUCCUGUAAUCCAUCAACAUCCGCCAGUGAGCAGCAUGGCCGAGCAGCAGCGAGAAGCCGAGCAAGCUGCUGCAAAUCCUUUACCUUUCCAUGCUGCUGCUGCUGCAAUCGCCGAGAGAACUUCGAGCGUGGAUAAACGUGUUCAGGGCCGGACGUCGAGUGUUGACCACAGGAAUGCCGCUCACAAGUGCUUCCCGCUGGAGCUCGUCGAGGAAGGGCGCUUUGACGACGAGCCAACAGGAUACUCCACCGGUUACUCGCUGCUCAAGAAGAUCGCUUCUGAGUUCCUCGGCACCUUCAUUCUCAUCUUUGCAGCCGCAGGCACAGCCAUCAUGAACGAGAAAUCUCACGGCGCGCUGGGAAUCCAGGGACUCGCAGGCGGAGCCGGCAUCACGGUCAUGAUUGUCAUCUUUGCAACCGGCCACAUCUCAGGAGCUCACAUCAACCCGGCAGUCACUCUUGCUUUUGCCACUUUCCGCCACUUCCCGUGGAUUCAGGUGCCUUUGUAUAUCGCAGCUCAAGUGACAGCCUCCAUCUCGGCAUCCUUUCUUCUCAAGGGGAUCUACCAUCCCGAUUUGGCCGGCGGUGUCACUGUUCCUGCUGGUACUCAUUGGCAGUCAUUCCUCUUCGAGAUCAUUCUCACUGCCAUCAUGAUGUUCGUCGUCACCUCAGUGGCCACUGACACCCGUGCUGUCGGGGAGUUGGCCGGGAUCGCUGUUGGCGCAACGGUUUUCCUCAACAAUCUUAUCGCCGGCCUGAUCUCUGGAGCUUCGAUGAACCCGUGCCGCUCGUUAGGCCCCGCGAUUGCUGCUAACAACUUCAAAGGCUUCUGGAUCUACGUAAUUGGUCCGCUUAUCGGCACCCAGCUCGGGGCAGCAGCAUACACUGCCAUCAGAUUCAAGGAGCUGGAACGUCCCAAAAGCUUCAGAAGAUGAACAGGAAUGCCACUACUGUACGUGAAGGUUAGUGAGGAUGAAUGUAAGUCCUGUACCUGUAAAUCCAUAUGUAAAAUGCUGGUCCCAGUUGACCUCAAUAGUUUGGUUUCUGAUCA